AUGCUCUUCUCAGCUACCAAGACCCUGAUGGUGGCCCUGGCCGUGCUCGGGUUUGCUGCUUCAGCGCCAGUCGAUCUGGUGGAGCGCGACCAGAAAGUCAUUAUCGGCUAUCGCACUAUGGAAAAGUCGAAAGCCGAAGCGUAUAACAAACAGGGGACUGUCGUCUGGUACACAGCUAGCGGGGUUCAGCUAGGCGAUGUGGUAUACCUCACACCCGCUCCUGGAGAAUGGAAAGCUCCAGACAGUUACUGGCAUUGUGUCAUUUACGCCGAGCAAAGCAAGUGGCUCGCCGCCAAAAAGGCUUGGAUCCCGGAGACGUACGACGGAAAGAAACUUUGGUAUCAUCCGGACAGUAUCGAUUCCUACCUCAAGACCGUCGAGCAUCAGACGCCAGAUGAGACACUUCGUCUAUCCAAGAUUUCCGGGGAUGAUGCUGUGUACCAGUUGGGAAUCCCCAAAGCCAUGUUAGGUAAAACAGGUCAUCUUGGCCUGAUGGCAACUUGCAAGGCAAAGGCUUCGGAGCUUCCUCAACACGCUGUUAAUUACAAAACAGUGCAGAAUGCUGUGGGCACCCCCCAGUAA